UGUUGUUGACUGGCCGACCGGAGACGGGAAGAAGGAGACGCGUUUUGUUUUUGUUCAGAAACCGUCGAAAAGGAUCCGCGCCGCCGCCUCCGGGUCCAGAUCGGGUUCGGUAAGAGUCCAAUCCCGGCGAGGAGGGUCUCUGGCCCGGGCUGGAGGGCGAACACACCCCGGCAUCUGAUCCAGAACGGGAGGACUCGUCACCCUGACCCCCUCCCUGCCUCCCUCACACAUCCACCAUGACGAUCCUCCCCAAGAAGAAGCCCAGCUCCGGGGUCGGGGUGUCGGACCACGCCGAGGACAGUGACCGUCGCAGCGGCCCGGACCCGCACCAGCACCCGCACGCCGGGCGGACCGGUGCCCGGCCGAGGGCUUCGCCUCCGCCGUGGUCCUACCAGCCCGCUCCGCCCUCCGCCGACAGGCGGAGCAUCGAAGCUAGCUCCCGGCCGCAGCAGGCCUCCCCGCCGCCCGCCGGCUCCGUGUCCCCCGUGGGCCCGGGGGACGGCCGGGACAGCACCGGGGGACUGGGGGCCGGGACCCGGGGGGAGCUCGUCGUGUCUGGCAGCGUCGUCGGAUGCGGCGGCGGCAUCGGCAGCUGCUGCUCCGGGCCCGGACUGAGCAAGAGACGGCGGCAGGCUGGCACCUGCUCCGGCGGGGUGGUGGCGGCUCUGGCCGGCGGGGGCCAGCCCGGGGUGGCCGGGCCGGGGGGCUCCAGCCAGGACACGGAGGAAGGAGCCGGCAACAACAGCGAGGACGAGUACGAGAACGCGGCCCGGCUGCAGUCCAUGGACCCGGCCACCGUGGAGCAGCAGGAGCACUGGUUUGAAAAAGCUCUGAGGGAGAAGAAAGGCUUUGUCAUCAAGAAGAUGAAGGAGGACGGAGCGUGUCUGUUCCGAGCCGUGGCCGACCAGGUGUAUGGAGAUCAGGACAUGCAUGAAGUGGUCAGGAAACACUGUAUGGAUUACCUGAUGAAGAACGCAGACUAUUUCUCGAGCUACGUGACAGAAGAUUUCACCACAUACAUCAACAGGAAGAGGAAAAACAACUGCCAUGGCAACCACAUUGAGAUGCAGGCCAUGGCGGAGAUGUAUAACAGACCUGUGGAGGUGUAUCAGUACAGCACAGAGCCAAUCAACACGUUCCACGGCAUCCACCAGAACAACGACGAGCCCAUCAGAGUGAGCUACCACCGCAAUAUUCACUACAACUCUGUGGUGAAUCCUAACAAGGCCACGAUCGGGGUCGGACUGGGACUGCCCGCCUUCAAACCAGGGCCCCCUCAGUACGCAGACCAGUCUCUGAUGAAAUCGGCAAUCAAAACGUCGGAGGAGUCAUGGAUCGAGCAGCAGAUGUUGGAGGACAAGAAGAGGGCGACGGACUGGGAGGCGACAAACGAGGCCAUCGAGGAGCAGGUGGCCCGGGAGUCGUACCUGCAGUGGCUGCAGGACCAGGAGAAGAAAGCCCGACAGCCUCGUAAGGCCACCGCCACCUGCAGCUCGGCCACGGCAGCAGCUUCCAGCGGACCGGACGACUGGAGCGCCCGGUCGCCGCGGCAACGGGACUCUGACCCCUCCCACUCCGACCUCACGUCCAGCUCGUCGACCAACAACAAGCCGCCCUCUCCCGCUGGAGCCGCACUCAUCCUGAGCAAACCCCCCUCACCCUGCGCCCCAGGUCCCAGUAAUCAGAGUCGUCAUCAACUAGAGUACAGAGCCAUAAUGCAGGAGAUGUCGCCGACAGCGUUUGGUUUGACGGACUGGGAGGACGAUGAGAUCCUGGCGUCGGUGCUGGCCGUCUCCCAGCAGGAGUACCUGGACAGCAUGAAACACCAGAGCACCGCCACGCAUCGAGAGAGGGAGCCGUCACCUGACAGCAGCUGAUAAACAACUGACACACAACAACACACAGACACACACACCAACACAACCAUGACCUUUGACCCCCCCCCUCCCUCUCGCCUCCACUAUCCCAGCCCCCUCUGCCCCCCCGGCUCUGACCCACUGAAGGAGAUCGACCAGGGAAAAAAUAAAACAUCAAACAAAUAAAUGCACACUUGUUUUUUUCUUUCAACUCAUCUGCUCAUCUCUUUCUCCAUCUGUCGUCUCCUACUCCCUCCUUCCCUUGUGUCCUCCUCCCUUUGUCCCAUAACACCUUGCUUCCAGCCAAUAGGGAUCCAACAUGUCCAAACAACCCACUCCACCCCCACUCUUUGUUUUCCAGAGGGAGCUCGGUGUUACUGCUGAUUUCAGAUAAGUUCUGAUAUUUAAACAUCAUAUUUGGCAGCUUUCAACUUCACGUUAAACUUUUAUACCUUGUUUAGUUUUUCCGAAUUGUACUGAUUAUUCUGUCUGUAGCAGGAUAUUAGCUCUGGGCCGUUGGUCUCAAAUGAGGAAUGCUAAUCCGGAAUCAGAACUGAACUCGAACCACUACAGGUGUAGCAGUGUCCUCUCUGCUAAGCUAGCAUGUCGUGUAAGUCUAGUUUCUUACGACAUCGCUGUUAGCCUAGUGGCUGAUAGCAACAAUUUCAACUUGAUUCUCACUCCUCUUUAAGCGCCAACUAGCAGCCAUUUUGUGUGAGGAAUGUGAAUCCUGCAAAUCAUGAUUGAAAAAUCUGACCACUCCACAGGUACUGAGAUCUUUCACCUGAAGUCUUACUGAGUUUAUCGCUAGAUUUCUCUCAGAUCGCUAAUUAGCUGUGUCGCUGUUAGCUGUUAAUAACUUUAUCUUUUCCUGCUCAUUCUUCUUAUAGUUCCUGUUGGCCGACAUUAUGUAUGAGGCUAAUCAUGUCCAAGGUUAAAGAAGCUUGCUCUUUAUAUUGCAACGCUAUUUCUGGUAUCACUGCCUAAAUGCUACAUUACAGUUAGCUUAGCGGCAUAUCGAUAUCAUUCUCAUGCAUCUCACAGCUCCAACCCAUUUUGUGAGAAAUGCUAAUCUUGCUAAUCCUAACUGACAAAGACAACUACAGAAUCUGUAUCGUGUACUGUAAGCUACAGUAGCAUGCUCUUGAGCAAGCUAGCUGUCGCCUGAAGUUUUACUACGUUUAGCGCCUUCUUAACUGGUUGUGCUGUUAAUUCUGUGGACUUACACAAAGUGGCCACCAGUUGGCGCUAUGGGAUGGGUGGGAAUUGGUGGGAAGCUUACGGCAACACAGUUUUAGUGUUAUCGUUCGUUAACUAAUUCGUUAAGUACUUUUAGCAUUUCCCACUGAAGCCAUUUUGAGCGAAAAGUGCUAAUUAGCGAGCAGGCUAUCACCUUGUGUCUUAUUAUAAUUUAAAGAUAGCUCCUGCUGAGGUUUGCAACCCCCCCUAACAAGCUGUAUUUCAGUUAGUUCACAGCCGGCAGCCAUCUUGUUCGACCAACACACAUUUACUUUCCAUCGCUGUCUGAGAAACACAACGGUCUGUAACUCCUCCCCCCUCUCUCUCCUCCAUUAUGUCUUCCUCUCUCCAUCUCGAUCAUCAUCAUCAUCAUCGGACUUAUUUAGCUGCAUGUUUAAUUGACCACGACCAAUAUCAUCAUAGAGAAAAGGCGACAAAUAAAAAAGGAGAGAAAAAAAUAGAGAAUUGUCAUACUUAUCCCCUUAAUGAUUAUUAUUAUUGUUGUUAUUAUUAAUAAUAUAAGUUUGUUUUAUUUUAUUUUCUCAUUUGGGAUGAAAUACCUUUUUUUUCUUGGAAUAAAAAGAGGAAAAUGUUUCUGAAUGAAAAUGUUUGGGAGUUUUAUUCUGAUUACAAACGUCUCGUCUUUUCUGCCAUUUAACUUCUGUCCGUCACUCAUCUUAAAUCUGUUACAUCUUCAUCCCUUCUUCUUCAUCUCUUCCUCCUAUCCUUUGUUUCACCCCUUCUUUCACUAAAUCUUCUGCCUCACUUAUGCCUCCAUCUUCUCACUCUUCUUCAUCGUCCUCUUCCUGUUGUCUUCUCCUCACUUGUCCUUCUUUUCAGAGCAGACCGAGAUAGGAAGUGUUGUGAUGAUGUCAUCAGUGUCCUGCUCCAGGACGUCCUGGUUACAGUUCUGAGAAUAAGAAGUCGCAGAUUAAAUAGAUUAAAAACAGCAGAAACACUGACAAAGUAUAAUGUUUUUAAUUUAACUGCAGGUCAUUUUAAGGGAAGCUGUGUACAUUAUAUUGAGAUCGGUUCAGUUUCAGUUAAAUUGUCCAACAUGAGGAAAUUGUUUUACAAAGCAGUAGGACAAAUAUUUACAUGUGGCCAUAAAAUUACUCACAAUAAGACGUCAUCCUUCAUUAAACAGGGUUGAUCUCUACAUCAUGUGCUGCUGAUGAUGUUAAUUUCCCAAACACACAUGUCACCGGGGAAUUCACAUGUUACUGCGAAACAGGAUAUAAGAUUUAGUCAUAGUUUCCACUUUAUUAGGUACACCUGCAGAAACAGCUCAGACGAGUUGAAUCGUCUGUGUGGUUGUUGCUGUGCUCCUAGUUUGUGCUGUUGUUGUACUAAACUAUACAAUAUUUUUAUUAUUAAUCAUUUGUUAAUUAUUAUAUCAAUUAUAGCCCCACUGCUUUAUUGUUUGGUCGAUAUUAUCGGUUUCACAGAUGUUUGUUCAUGUUUUUUGAUAUGAAAACUUUUAUUUUACAGAAUAUACCAUGCAGAAA